AUGCACCGUAUCAACUCGUGGGCGAAAGCUCACGCCUCUUCUCGCGGCCUGCCCAAUCAACCCUCCACCCUACCCCAGGCCACGAGCCAGAUCCCCGAAGUCGAUCCCACCACGGAGUCUUCUUCCACCUUGAAAGAUGAUCAAGUGACUGUCCCAGUCGAGGACCCUGCUACUACAGCAGGGUCCAUAGAGGAAGAAAAAUCUCAAAAACCCGGCCUCGUCACCCGCAUGCGCAACGGGACAGGUCGGUUCUACAACCACACCAAGAAUGCCAUCUGCCACAGCUGGGUCAACGUCCUGCUGGUCUUCGUGCCAGUUGGUAUUGCCGUCGAAGCUGCCGGCCUCAACCCAGCUGUGAUCUUCGCGAUGAACGCUGUGGCUAUCAUCCCUCUGGCGGGCCUGCUCAGCCAUGCUACCGAGAGUGUGGCUAGCCGAUUGGGCGACACCAUGGGCGCCCUGAUCAACGUCUCAUUCGGUAAUGCCGUCGAGCUGAUCAUCUUCAUCAUUGCUCUAGUCAAGAAUGAAAUUCGUAUCGUGCAAGCUUCCCUGCUGGGUUCGAUCCUGGCAAACCUGCUGCUGAUUCUGGGUAUGGCAUUCCUGCUAGGUGGCUUGCGAUUCCAAGAACAGAUCUAUAACAGCACCGUCACCCAGAUGAGUGCCUGUAUGCUCAGUCUGGCUGUGACCAGUCUGCUCCUCCCCACUGCUUUCCACGCCUCGUUCUCGGAUGCCGCAGAGGCCGAUCGACGAACUCUAAAGGUUAGCCGUGGCACAAGUGUGGUUCUCUUGCUGGUGUACAUUCUGUACAUCCUCUUCCAGCUGAGAACCCAUUCCUACCUUUAUGCCAGUAUUCCUCAACGCAUCAUCGACGAGGAAUCACACCCCGGCGUCCUGGCAGACUUCAUGAACAGCUCUUCCGAUUCGUCGAGCAGCUCAAGUGAUGAAUCUGUCGACACCACAAGUUCCUGGACCACUGCCAAGCGCAUCAAGAGGGUUAUGAAGAGCCGUCGCCGUCGCAAGUCCAGCACCAGCUCUAAGGGAACCACCUCACGCCAGUCCGUCCAGAAGAAGGCCAUGAUUGACGAGACCCCGAACUCGGUUGGCAACUCGAUCGCCAGUAAUGAAGCUAACUCUUGCGCCGUCGACAUUGGUGACGAGAUUCGCUAUGAUGCUGAUGACGAUGCGGGCCAACCCUCCGAGUUCCGCUCGCGAGACUUUGGUCUUGCUAUGAAUCGCAUGGAAAGCGCUCGCAGUGAGAAGGAGCGCAAACGCGAACGCAAGAAGCGCAGAGAGCACAGAGCCGAGAAGUCUCGCAGCCAGCCUCCCACUCAAGAAGAACAGGGACAGAAUACUCAACCUUCCAUGAAAGGAUUCACCUCAACCCCCAACUUUGCUGGUAUGCCUGGUGCCGGAGAAACGGAGCAGAGGAAACGCUCCCCCUUCGGCCCUAUUCCUACUCUCCUGUCCAACACCGUCUUCAGUUCUCAAAUUCCUGCCCAGUCCCCCCAGCUGGGGGCUGCUGCCUCGCGCCCUGGUCUCUCUCGCAGUAACUCGCUCCCUGCUCGCGUCAGCCGCCAGCCUCCUGUUGGAAAUGCCGUUCAGUUUGCCCGUGGUGCUGCUCGCGUGGCUGGUCCCACCGACCCAGUGGCACCAGAGACUGCUGUUGUAGAGGUCGAACCGGAGAUGUCGCGCACCGCCGCCAUUGUCAUGCUACUCCUGUCUACCGGCCUGGUCGCUGUUUGUGCCGAGUUCUUGGUUGAUGCCAUCCCCGACAUGAUUGAGAAUUCCUCCGUCAGUGAGGCAUUCAUCGGUUUGAUUAUCCUGCCUAUUGUCGGUAAUGCGGCAGAGCACGUCACUGCCGUCAGUGUGGCUAUGAAGAACAAGAUGGAUCUGUCUAUAGGUGUUUCCGUUGGAAGUAGUAUCCAGAUCGCUAUUUUCGUCACCCCGCUUGUCGUCAUCAUAGGCUGGUGCAUGGACAAGGACAUGUCCCUCUACUUUACCUUGUUUGAGACCAUCUGUCUCUUUGUUACCGCCUUCGUGGUUAACUUCCUGGUCCUGGAUGGCCGGAGUAACUACCUCGAGGGCGCACUUUUGCUCGCUGCCUACAUUAUCAUUGCUUUGGCGGCUUUCUUCUACCCGGGCAACAACGAGACUAGCAACCUGGCUGGCUCUUAA